AUGAAAACUUGGAACUCGUUUAUUCUAAAAAUGAUUUUAUUUUUUGUGGUUUUAUCGCUGGCUUUCAAAGAUUGUCAAGUAGUAGGAAAUACAACCGUUGCCAUUGCUAAGGAAGAAUGUCGAAAAAAAAUCGCAGAAUGUUCAAUGUUUGGUAAAUCGGAUACACCAGUUUGCGGCAGUGAUGGGGUUACAUAUCCUUCUCAAUGCCAAGUUAUUUCAAGACAGUGCGAAGGCGAGUCAAUUCUCAUCAAACACAAGGGUCCUUGUCCAGAGACACCGGCCUGCUUUUCAGCAAGAGUAACAGCCCGUCCAACAGACAGACCAAUUUGUCGUCCGGAUGGUACUUAUGCACCAGUUCAGUGCCACAAGGAAACUGGAUAUUGUUGGUGCGUUACUCCUCAAGGUCGGCCGCUUUUGGGCACUUCGGUGAAAUAUCAAAAACCUAAAUGCCCCGAAAAAAGGCUGUCUUCAACCUCCUCGACGUUGGAUUACUUAGAUACUUCCAGUCGAUCUCCAGAAAAGCUUCUGGAUGACAUGCCUAGUUCUAGUGAGAGAAGACGUACACCUAAACGGAAACAAAAGAGACAAUUUAACAACAGGCACAGAAAUAAUUGUGAUCGUACCGAAAAGGCUAAAUUCAAUAGCAAUCUCAUUGAAAAUUUUAAAAUUGAGUUUCGACGGACUAAUAAUUCUAAUAAUGGUGAUAAAAAUGUCGAGCGUAUACUUACCUGGAAGUUUACGAGCUUGGAUAAAGACGAGGAUGGAUAUCUAGACCGCGCUGAGUAUAAAGAGCUAAGAAAACUUGCUAAGAAAGCAAUACGCCCGAAGAAAUGUGCGAGAACUUUUGCUAAAAAUUGUGAUCUCAAUCAUGAUCUCAAGUUGUCUAGACAAGAGUGGAGUACUUGUCUAGCCAAUGACUUUACACUACUUUUGUUCUUGUCACUCAAUGGCGCAGAAGGACGGCGUGAGGUCUCUGAAGCCCUGAAGACUCGGGCCUUGGACCAAGUUUUGAAGGAAAAUCCAUCGCCAGUUCAUACCCGGCCGACAUUUAAUGACGACUCUACGACAAAAGAAGAAAGUGAUGCUAUUGACUGUAUUACGGAUAGAAAAUCAGCACUAGAAGACUCAAAACACAGCAGCCAAUCGUUCUACGUACCAGAGUGCACACCGGAUGGAAGGUACCUGAAGGUUCAAUGUUACUCAAGUUAUUGCUUCUGUGUGGACCAGGAUACAGGAAAACCGAUUCCAGGAACUUCAUCAAAAGAACCAACUCCUAAUUGUCACCCAGCACCUCCACCAAACAGACCAAUGAAAGGAUGCCCAGAUGAAAAAAAGAAACAAUUUCUCAGAGACUUGAUUGAUCUGAUGGACAAAAAAAUGAAAACAUCCAGCGCAGACUCGGUUGAGGCAACAGACAAGUGGCCAGCGUCUCAAGAAGAGAGGAUAGCUACUUGGCACUUUGUUAUGCUUGAUAAGAAUAAAAAUAAAGUACUUGAAAGAAAAGAAUGGAAGAGCUUCCGUACUAUGGUUGCGAGCAAUCGGCAUUUACGGAGAUGCGGAAAAAAAUUACCGAGAUAUUGCGACAUAAAUAAUGAUCGAAGGAUCAGUAUGACCGAGUGGCUUAGUUGUUUGCAUGCUCAACAACCAAAUCCAGGUAAUUAG